GCGUCCGCCGACAUUCGUCAUCAACAAUCGCCAAGUUACGCGUGGUGGUCUCGUUUAGUUUCUUUAAUGGCGUGUUGGGAUCAUAUUGUUUUUGCUUUUGGGAUUAAUUGAUAAAGAUUCCAUAUUUAUUGCCUUGUUUUAAUAGGUAGCUCCAUGUUUUAGUCAGGCUUCUUUGUUGCUAACUUUUAGCCGCUAGCUGGCUCGCGUGACGUUUUCAGAAUGUUGUCUCUGAAGGUCGGCUACUCGGCUCUGGCUUCUUUGAGAAUUCACCGGACUAAAAUAAGCAGUCUCUCAAGCGAUCAUGUUUAUUUUUCGGUUUGCGCGGCCUCUACGGAUGAGAUCCCCAUCAUCCGUGUCCCUCUGUCUGUGCGGAAUCGCAUUGAGAAUGUCAAGCAAACCAGAGGGAAGAACAAUAUCAACACGAGCAAAGCUGGCAAGCUCCUCAUCCAGAGCAGGAACGCAAGUUUGAACCAGUCUGUAGGAUACACGCACGGCAAGUUUGACGAGCCGACACUCUGCUCAAAAGGAUGGAAGCACAAAAAGUCCUUCGGGGAUUAUUUCACCGUCAACAACAUCAAAUCUGUUGCGCCUUUUGUGUCCGGAAGCGGAGAAGAGGAGGAUAUUAAAACGCCAGUGAAGACUUUCCAUACACUGCACAUCUGCAAGGAACUGGUGGAGACUUUGGAACGCUUAAACAUCAGUCAUCCCACCACUGUGCAGCUGCAGACUAUCCCCAAGGUGAUGAGGGGUCACAACGUCCUGUGUGCAGCCGAGACAGGAAGUGGAAAGACGCUGAGUUAUUUGUUGCCAAUCAUGCACAAAUUACAUCUGCAUGAGGAGAUUCAUGAGGAGGGGUCUCCGAAAAUCCACGCUCUGGUUGUGGUGCCCUCCAGGGAGCUGGCUGAGCAGGUGGCGUCUGUGUCCAGGAGCCUGUGCGCCCCACUGGGCAUGGUGACGAGGACGGUAGGAGGCGGACGUGGGGUGGGGCGUAUCAAGGGGGUCUUUAAGCAAGACGUUCCUGACAUUUUAGUAGCCACGCCCGGCGCUUUGGUCAAAGCCUUGCGGAGACGCUGCUUAGACUUGAGCCACCUGAGCUAUCUGGUAGUGGACGAAGCGGACACCAUGUUCGACCCGAGCUUCGCCAACAUGCUGGAGGAAAUUUUGCGGUACACCGAAAUCGCCAGCGCCCCGACCGAGACGCGAGGCCCCGCCCGUAAGGCCCAGCUGCUUGUGGUGGGCGCCACCUUCCCCGGCGGUGUCGGCGAGGUCCUCAACCGAGUUACGGAUCUCGGGAGCAUGGUGGUCAUCAAGAGCAAGAUGCUGCAUUUCCUCAUGCCACAUGUGAAGCAAACUUUCCUCAAGGUGAGAGGACAGGAGAAAGUCCUGGAGCUCAACCAUUACCUGAAACGACUUCAGCAGGAACACGGAGGAGCAGGAGGACACGCCGUUCUUGUGUUCUGCAACAAGGCCUCCACCGUCAACUGGCUGGGAUACUCACUGGAGGAGAUGGGGGUGGCCCACGCUCGUCUCCAAGGAGAGAUGCCGGCCGCGCAUCGUGCAGGCAUCUUCCACCGCUUCCAGAAAGGCAUGGACGACGUUCUCCUGUGCACUGACGUCGCCUCGCGAGGCCUGGACACAUCCCGGGUGCGCCUCGUGGUCAACUACGACUUCCCAGAGUCACACACGGAUUACAUCCACAGGGCCGGCCGGGUGGGGAGGGCCGGGGGGUGCGAAGGCGGCGAAGUCCUCAGCUUCGUCACGCAUCCGUGGGAGGUGGAGCUUGUGCAGAAGCUAGAGAUUGCAGCACGGAGGAGGACUAGUUUGCCUGGUAUGGAGUCUGAGAUACGGGAACCAAAACCUGUUAUAGUGGAGACUGAAGAAUCAGGAUGAUGGACCAUGCAAUAAUGUCCACCUGCAUCUUUUUAUAGCACUCGCUUAUUAAGUUGUGCUUAUGGAAACUCCCAAAAUAAAUGCUACUUUUGCUAUGAUACAGGCGCAGUGUGAGUGAUUAACCACUAGAUGGCAGUAUUUGUCAGAUUUUUAGAUUUCCUAAUAAACUAUAGUAUUUUUUAAAAGAUGACCCUAACCACGGGGUGAUUAAAUAAUGCUUAUUUUUAGUUUUCCAUUCCGGUGGCUUCCAUGGUUGUGUGACUUAAUCAUUCCACGCUGCACUAAUUAUACACAUCUCAAAUUUUAAUGAGCACAGGCCCAAACCUGAUGCUUUGUCCACAUGGUCCCGAAUGUCUUACCUUGCAGGGAUCCCUCCCCUCUCUUUUGCUGCAGGUAACUUGUUGAAAGCAAAGUGAAAAUUUUACUGCGCUACUGAUGCUACAUGGAAUGUUGCCACGCAGAUUACGUAUUCACGGACAGCUGACGGGAAUCAAUCCAAAUAUAAAUCUCUUUCCGAAGACGUUUUGCUAUCACAGUUCCAAGUUUUGGGGUGGGGGUGGAGGAAAUGUGGAGAUUAUGGUAGCAGACAGAUGUGAACAUUUGAAUGUUUUGAAUUUUCCUUGGAUUCUCAGGAAACUAUUCCCUUCUAUCCAUUAAUAGCCUGAGUAGGGGGUGUUCUCUGCAACUUUAUUCUUCAACCAGUCCCAAAUGAAGUACUGUGCAACAAAUCCUUUCAUUAAAAAAAUGAUUUGCACAAAUAGUUACAAAUUAA